CGCUUCUCGAUCUCUCUUUUCUCCAUAAACUCGUCCGUUUGCUUUCGAUGGUUCGCAUAUUUUAGUAUAUCCUAUUGCGUUCAUUCUUUCCGCAAUAUGAAGUCACUCUUUUUGAACGCGCUACUCAGCGUAUCCAUUCUUUCCUUCUCCAACGCUCUUUCUAUUCCCAAUGAUAGUGUACAACACACCAACAAUCUGCAAGCACGUGCCGAUCUACUCCAAGGCCGUUGCUACAAUGGACAGGUCAUGGACCCGGAUCUCGAACAGACAAGUGACGACUUGUACCCUGUUUGUAUCACGAAGAAGAUCUUACCAUGCCCUGCUGGAAAGUUUCCGACACACGCAACAGUGAAAGUGAAAUCGGUCUGCCUUCCAGAUCCGGAUGCGAAGGCAGCCGCCUCGGAGAAACGCACACCGGCCAAAGAUGGUAAGAAGAAGGACGGUAAGAAGAAGGGCGGCAAGAAGAAAGAUGAGACAAAGAAAGCCAGUGAGAAAACCGGCAAGAAGGCCGGGGAGAAGUUCAGGAAGCCCUCGGACCCCAAGUUGUUCUACUACAGAACUGCGAAGGGAUCCAAGAUGCAGCUCGAUGAACGCACCACGCCUGCGGCCAGGAAGGAAAUGAAGAAGAAGGCGUUUGACACGUCUAAGGAUCUCCAGGAAGAGCAGCAAGAUAAGGAAAACAAGAAGCAAGAGAAGGUGAGGAAGGCGGACGCACAGAGGGAGAAACAGAGGAUUCGUCGCAGCACUUGUCUCGCAGUCGGAUCCAUGAGCUGGCUUGCAAAAGAAGACACGAACAAACUUUCGGACGAGGAGAUCGAAGGCCUGAUUGAGCCCGAUGAGGAUGAUCUCCUUGUACCUGAAACAGAUAUUGAAGAGUGGAUGGUAAGAUUCGAUUGGAAGAUGGUUCAAAGAAUCAAGGGCGACGACACAUCGACCGCAGGAUUCUUUGGGUGGAUCGGUGCGGCCAUCAAAGCAGGGACCGCUGUCAGCAAGUCUGGACGUGUUACAGGAUCCGUGGGCAAGGCUCUGAGCAAAUCCGGUGGGAAAUCAAGCGGAGAACGGUACACGAUGCUGAGGAACAAAAAGACCAAGGACAAGGCUGCAUCUAAGAAAUCGAUACAGGCGGCGAAAAGCUCGAGCACAGUGAAGAAGAUUCUGAAGGACAAGACAUUCCAGGACUGCCUCAAAUUGGCAGCUAAAACCGUCGGGAAGGAAACUUUGGAAGACGCGAAGAAUGCCAAGCGGGCUGGCCCGCCCAUGAAGAUAGAAAGGUUCGAUACAGAAGAAUAUUCGAUAUCUAUCGACAUGAAAGCGAAGAGGACGUACGAUUACCCUUCACCAGAGGACCUUAGCUCCAAUGCCAUCGUCAUGAUCGGCGAUAAGAAAUCCGAUGCGCGAGGCAAAGACGAACCGGAUAUGACGCUCCAGACAUUUCCUGACAAUUAUGUCCGGCCAGAUCGCAUUCCUUAUGAGCACUGUUACAACUUCAAAGGAAUGAACGAUAAUCUGAAGUUGUUGCAAACGUAUGGAGGUACGUGUUCGUACUACGGUUCGAAAGACUGCAAGAAGUUUCUGUUUUCCAUGACGAACCGUGAGGAUGGGAACUUGAAGGGUAAAGACGACAAAGCGGUCAGCUCAGCAUGGUGUACGUUUGACUUGAACGAUAAAAGGGCACCAUCAGGUAAAUAG